AUCGAUUCUGCGCAGAUUUUGCUCAUCUCAAACAAGCCUCAUAUGAGUGAGCUACGUCAUGACGCAGUGCGUUGCGGGUGGGACGUCUAUUCGUAGUGAACCAUCCGCAUUGUUGUUGGUUGCAGGCGAACAAUCGUAUCGUAUCGCUGCUCGUUGCCGGAGCAUUCUCGUAGUGAUUCUCAGUUCAUUAUUAUAGUCCUGGCAGCCUGGUUAAGCGUUUGCAGCAUUCCAGAUUUAUCCAUGCAUAUUUAAAUUGGUUGUCCUUGGAUGAGAACAUUGUGUACGGAAGAAUUACUGCAGGCCAUCUCGCCAUCGCUUUAGAAAGCUGCUCCUUUCUUUAUCAACCAGAUCAGAGCUUUGUAAAGAUCCCCAAUGAAAAGAAAAUCUCUAGCUCACAAAGUAUCCACCCCUCAGCAGCUACCUUCCCCUAUCAAACUUUCCCCCAACCACGAGACGCUGACUUACGCCCAGGCCCAGAGGAUGGUCGAACUAGAAGUUGAUGGCCGGUUGCACCAGGUCAACAUCUUUGACAAGCUCAACAUCAUCACGGAUGAUGAUCCCAUGGCACAGGAAAUUAUGGAGUGUACCAGCAAUAAGGAGAAUGCUGAGAAACACCAGCAGGUUUUUGUAUGUUCUGCACACCUCAGAAACAACCAGCAGAAAAAGAACGCUGCUGUCACCGCACAAAAUACUUUAGUGCAAGACAGCACACUACCUGAGCCCAAAUUCCACACAGUGGAUUACAAUCUCCCAGCUAUCCCAUGCAGACCUUCUACAUACUACAAGUAUGAGGAGAAAACUUUAGAAGAGCUGAAUGAGGAGGUGGAAUAUGAUAUAGAUGAAGAGGACUAUGCCUGGCUUGAGCUGGUCAAUGAGAAAAGAAAGAAUGAAGGCCUUAACCCAGUUUCCCCUAAUGCCUUUGAGUUCCUUCUUGACCGUUUUGAAAAAGAAUCAUUUUUAGAGCGUCAGGGCCAACAGAGUCUCCAGUCCUUAAUUGAUGAAGAUGCUGUUUGCUGUAUAUGCAUGGAUGGAGAUUGCAUGGACAGCAAUGCCAUCCUCUUCUGCGAUAUGUGCAAUCUAGCCGUUCAUCAGGAUUGUUAUGGUGUUCCGUAUAUUCCAGAGGGCCAGUGGCUUUGCCGACAUUGUCUGCAGUCCCCGAUACAACCCGCUAACUGCAUCCUCUGCCCUAACAAGGGAGGAGCAGUCAAAAAGACAGAAGAUGACCAAUGGGGUCAUGUUGUUUGUGCUUUAUGGGUUCCCGAGGUUGGGUUUUCCAGCACGGUCUUUAUUGAGCCUAUUGAUGGUGUCUCAAACAUUCCGCCAGCUCGAUGGAAGCUUACCUGCUACCUCUGUAAAGAAAAAGGUGUUGGGGCUUGUAUCCAGUGCCACAAAGCGAACUGCUACACUGCUUUCCAUGUCAGUUGUGCACAGAAGGCUGGUCUCUUUAUGAAGAUGGAGCCUAUUAAAGAGUUGACUGACUCAGGUGUACCCACUUUCUCUGUAAAAAAGACAGCUUACUGUGGGGCCCAUACCCCAAAUGGCUCCAUUAAAAGACAGCUUACAAUUUAUAACGAAACUAAGACAAAUUAUAGACUUUGUCAGUCGGUGGACAAAAAGGGCAGCAGGACGAGAUUAAAAAAACAGAAGAGACUGAAAAACAAUGAGGUGGAAGUUGUAGCCCCAGUUCCAUAUGCAUCUGUACCCAGUUUUUCACCUGAAAGGUUAAACACAUUCCUCAAUCAAGUUUCUUUACAGAAGAAGAAGGCAUUUGGCGAACUUGUCUUAAAUUUUUGGAUGCUUAAAAGACUAUCAAGGAAUGGAGUGCCACUCAACAGACGCCUCCAAACUAGCCUACAUUCCCAGAAAAACGCACAGCCUAAACAGACGGAAGAGGAGACUCAAGCAUUGAAGGAGCAGCUGAAGGAGUGGCAACGGUUGAGACAUGACCUUGAGCGGGCAAGACUCCUGUUAGAGCAGAUCAGGAAGAGAGAGAACCUCAAGAAAGAAGAGAUUAUGCUUCAGCAGACAUUAAUGGAGGUCCAUCUCACUCCUUUCACAGUCCUUCUAAGGGCUGUGCUGGAUCAGUUACAGGAGAAAGACCAAGCAUACAUUUUUGCAGAGCCUGUCAGCAUUAAAGAGGUUUGUCUGCAGUUUCCUGAACUUAUAUUCUCCUACAGGUUAAACACAUUCCUCAAUCAAGUUUCUUUACAGAAGAAGAAGGCAUUUGGCGAACUUGUCUUAAAUUUUUGGAUGCUUAAAAGACUAUCAAGGAAUGGAGUGCCACUCAACAGACGCCUCCAAACUAGCCUACAUUCCCAGAAAAACGCACAGCCUAAACAGACGGAAGAGGAGACUCAAGCAUUGAAGGAGCAGCUGAAGGAGUGGCAACGGUUGAGACAUGACCUUGAGCGGGCAAGACUCCUGUUAGAGCAGAUCAGGAAGAGAGAGAACCUCAAGAAAGAAGAGAUUAUGCUUCAGCAGACAUUAAUGGAGGUCCAUCUCACUCCUUUCACAGUCCUUCUAAGGGCUGUGCUGGAUCAGUUACAGGAGAAAGACCAAGCAUACAUUUUUGCAGAGCCUGUCAGCAUUAAAGAGGUGCCUGACUAUCUGGACCACAUCUUGCACCCUAUGGAUUUUUCCACCAUGAGGAAACACAUUAAUGUACAAGGCUACAAGAAUCUGGAUGAAUUUGAAGCUGACUUCAAUCUCAUUAUUGAAAACUGCAUGAAGUACAAUGGCAAGGAUACAUUCUUCUACAGGGCAGCUGUUAGAUUAAGAGACCAGGGUGGAGCUGUGCUAAGGAAAACUCGCCGAGAUCUUCAGAAAAUCGGCUUUGAUUUUGAAACUGGUAUGCACCUACUAGAACCACCAAAGAUUGAGCCAUCUGCACCUUUCUCCUGGGAAGAUGUGGACCGCUUAUUGAUUCCAGCCAAUCGAGAGCACAUGUCAUUGGAAGAGCAGCUGAGGGAGCUACUGGAAAAGUUGGAUCUGACUACAGCAAUGAAAUCCAGCCCGUCAUGGAGCAGACGACUAAAGCUGCUUAAGAAAAUCAUUAGUGAUGUGAGGAUGGAGCUGAGUUUGAAGAAGGCACUUCCUGCUGUUGAAUUGGAGAAUGCUGCUGAAGAAGCCGACCACAUCUUUCAAAAAGGUGAUAAUUCAGUCCCACCUAAGCUUGAGCCAUCUGUUUCUGUGCCGCCCAUCAUUAAUGCGGUAGGUCACUCUGAGCCACCCAAACUGAAACCCAUUGAACCCAGUCCCAACAAAAACCAGCGCCACCAGGAUGGCAUUUCCCAGCCUCUCAAUGGACACUCACAUCUGCAGUUAGAGGACAGCGAUGUCAGUGUAGUAGCUACAUCAACUUUGGCUGAACCAUCAAGCCCAGUAAACCGACGGACGUCUGUGCUUUUCCGCAAAUCAAAAAGCACAAGCCCUCAUAAGCCCAUGAGAGAUGGUGAAACUCCAAAGGGCAGUUCUCGGCUAGGCACAAAUACAUUCUUGUCAGUCGUCAUACCACGCCUUGAAACAUUGCUUCACUCUAGGAAGAGACCACGGAGUGCCAGUAGAGAAAGUGUUGAGGACGAAUCGCCCAUCAAACGCCUGGACACAGGGUUGCCAAAUGGUUUUGGUCUCAAGCUGGAGAAGGAUUUGGAUUCUAGCAGGCAGUUAGAGCCUCGUCGCAGGUGCGCAUCUGAAUCCUGCAUGUUCUCCAGCAGCAGUAGUACUGCAGUUAAUCUACCGAAGUGUGGGAAGGGGAAGCCAGCCCUCAUCCGGAGGAACACAGUGGAGGACAAGAAUGAAAUUAUUGCUUGCAUCGAGAGUAGAAACUUCACCAAGGCUGCUAGAAUAGCUGCUGAAGUUGGCAACAGCAGUAUUUGGAUGCCUGCUAGUGCUGCUACAGUUCUGGAACCUCUCAAACUAGUUUGGGCUAAAUGUAGUGGAUACCCCUCCUACCCUGCCCUGAUCGUAGACCCUCACAUGCCACGAGUGGGGUGCCAGCACAAUGGAGUCUCUAUCCCAAUGCCCCCGCUGGACGUUCUACGGUUCGGAGAACAGAUGCAGUACAAGUCUGAAGAGAAACUUUACCUCGUUCUCUUCUUCGACAACAAACGUAGCUGGCAGUGGCUUCCUAAAUCCAAGAUGGUUCCUCUCGGAAUUGACAAAACCAUCGACAAGAUUAAAAUGAUGGAGGGCCGCACAUCAGCCAUCCGCAAGGCUGUUCAGACUGCCUUUAACCAUGCCAUGAACCAUCUGAGUCGAGUCCAAGAUGAACCUAUUAGCGACCUCAGUGAUGUUGAUUAAGAUUGGCAAAUGCAGGCACAUUUCAAAGCCUUACUAAUUGUCAUUCCUGACUGACACCCGCUGUGUGACUUCUGUAUUUUGUUUUACUCCAUACCUGCCUCUCCUGUCUCAUUUACACAUAUGUCUCUAAUCAAUUCUGUAAAUAAUGUAAAUCACUUAACACUAACUUAAUCUUCAGAUUUACUGUAAUGGGUACUGUACAUACAUUUUUUUUAAUAGCAUUUAUACAUUUUAGGGAAUUAUACCCAGCGUAAUUACUCAUUGAUGCUGGAACAAAUGGACUGUGAAACGAAAGCAAAAGAAUACUGUAAUCUGGGCUGGAACAUAAUGUGAGAGUUCUUGCUUUUUAUGUUUAAAUGAUUAAAGUUUGUACACAGGCUUUUAUUUGGCAUUGUUUUUGUAACCUAAGAUUGUUUUUACAACAAUUUUAACCUAUUUUGAUGUAUUUAUAUAACUAAAUAUAUAACUUGACUUUCUAAUAUGAAAAGACAAUGUUGUUAUGAAAACCACAAGUGCGUUAUUAUGAUAUUCUAAUGAAACCAAAAAAGAAAAA